AUGGGCGCUCCUCCAGUCAUACGUUACGACUCAUAUCUCUCCUACGUUUCAACGGCUCACGUGACUGUUACGGGUCGUAUACUACGACUCGUAGUACGUACGGUUGGGAACCCUGCGAAGAUCAUCCUAAACCUGGGGAGAAGGAAAUCAUCAUCAAGUGGGACGUCUACAGACGACUUUGAGGAUGGGCAAGAGGAUAAGAAGCGUUUGGUCCUGGUAAUUGCAGCACGCAAUCACCCCGACUGCCUGUCUUACGAUGCACAUCUUACAACACAGUUUCUAAGUGUACGCUCUGGGUAUAAACAUGUUGUACCUAAGCGUCAGUCUGUCGGUGUCGAGCUGAGAGCGUGCACUUACCACAAUCAUCGGUACGAUUCUUCAGACAACCCCAUCACGCAAUCGGGGGAGAUUGUGAUCGUCAUGACAUCAUAG